AUGGUGGGUGUGGUUCGUGAAAGAGAGGAGCGAGACGACCGAGCCACCUUCACAGAUCUGAAGAAGGCCAGAAAGGAGGACUGCACCCCGAUGAUGCGAGGCUUCAACAAGGUGGCAUCGCCCAGCCAGAAUGCAGAGCGCAUCCUGAAGAUGUUUCGAGAUCAGAAAGGGGUCAACAUUGGUACAGCAGUGGACUUGUAUGAGCACGGUCUUCAGACAGCAACGAGGGCAUACCGAGACGGAUGUGACGAGGAGACAGUCGUGGUCGCCUUGUUGCAUGAUCUUGGUGAAGUUUGGUCGCCCAUCAAUCAUGGAGAGAUAGUUGCCAGCUUGUUGCGGCCAUACAUCAGUCCACAGAACUAUUGGGUUCUUGUGCAUCAUGAGCUCUUCCAAGCUUACUACUAUCAGGAUGCCUUCGAGCUCAAAGAAAAGAACUCCAGAGACAGGUUCAAAGACAGCCCCCACUGGAAGGCAUGCGAGACCUUCUGUGAGAAGUAUGACUCUCCUGCCUUUGAUCCCGAGUACGACUCCUUGCCGUUGGAGCAUUUCGAGCCCAUGGUCGUUCGCAUCUUCAAUCGGAAGCCCUAUGUGGCCAGCAAGAGUGGGGAGUCUUGGCUCAUCUUGGAUAGCGAGGUGAACAAAGCCAAGCUGACAUUGGCAGAGGCCUACCCCUCUCCAGAAGAGCUGGAGGCGGCUUAG